UCACUGCCUCUACACGCCCCUUCGCCUUUGUGGGCGGAGACUGCAGGCAUUUGGUGACGUCCCUAACUUCGGCUCUCCCGCUGACGUCUCCAUGCAAACAGAGGCAGGCAGGCACAGUUAGGAUGCUUGGCCAAUACGCAUGCGCGAGUUAGCGGAUCCGGAGACUUCUCCUCAUAGCGCCGACAUACCGCACCGACGUACCGCACCUCCGCCACGCAUUCCGCGCAACACUUGCCCCAGCCCGCCCUGCUCUACCUGUUGGACUACUCUCACUGGCCUGUACAGUCACAGGGUCUUUCUGGAUAAGAGCUGGACACAUUCCAUAUGUGAGGAGCAGAUAAAUGUCCCCCUUUGAUGGGUUCCUGAACAACUGGGAGAUGAUUUUAAUGGUGAUCACCCUGUAAUCGUAACUGGCCGUUAAGUUUUCAGAGGGUGUCAUGGCAGUGUCCAGCUUAGGUGAACUGUCACAGGAGGCAGGCAUGGACUCCAGGGAUCCCUCUGCCACCAUUACUGGCACAGUAACCACUUCCAGUCCAAACUUCUCAAGAGCCCUGGAGGAACAACCCUUCACCUUAGAACAGCCCAUGUUUCUUAUGACAACUACCGCUCAAGCCAUCUCAGGUUUCUUUGUGUGGACUGCCCUGCUCAUCACCUGCCACCAGAUCUACAUGCACCUGCGCUCUUACAGCUGUCCCAAUGAACAGCGCCACAUUGUACGCAUACUCUUCAUUGUCCCAAUAUAUGCCUUUGACUCUUGGCUCAGCCUCCUCUUCUUCACUAAUGACCAGUACUAUGUUUACUUUGAUACUGUGCGGGAUUGCUAUGAAGCAUUUGUCAUCUACAACUUCCUAAGCCUUUGUUAUGAAUACCUUGGGGGUGAGAGCAACAUCAUGACAGAGAUCCGUGGGAAGCCUAUUGAGUCCAGCUGUAUGUAUGGCACUUGCUGCCUUUGGGGAAAGACUUAUUCUAUUGGCUUCCUGCGCUUCUGUAAACAGGCUACUCUACAAUUCUGUGUAGUGAAACCACUAAUGGCAGCUGUAACAGUCAUACUCCAGGCCUUUGGCAAGUACAGGGAUGGCGACUUUAAUGUGGCAAGUGGUUACCUCUAUGUGACAAUCAUCUACAACAUCUCUGUAAGCCUGGCACUCUACGCUCUCUUUCUCUUCUACUUUGCCACAAGGGAGCUGCUGAGCCCAUACAGCCCUGUUCUUAAGUUCUUUAUGGUGAAAUCUGUCAUUUUUCUGUCCUUCUGGCAAGGCAUGCUGCUAGCAAUUAUGGAGAAGUGUGGUGCCAUCCCCAAAAUCGACUCUGCUGAGGUGUCCGUGGGAGAGGGAACAGUGGCUGCCGGAUACCAAAACUUUAUCAUCUGUGUGGAAAUGUUUUUUGCAGCCAUUGCUUUACGCUACGCUUUCACUUACAAAGUUUACUUAGACAAGCGCCUAGAUGCCCAGGCUGUUCCAACCUAUGGCCCAUAUGGCCGCUGCGCCCCAAUGAAGAGCAUCUCGAGCAGCUUGAAAGAGACCAUGAAUCCCCAUGACAUUGUCCAGGAUGCCAUCCACAACUUCUCUCCAGCAUACCAGCAGUACACCCAGCAAUCCACUCUAGAACAAGGCUCGAGCUGGCGCAAUGGACAGAUCAUCUCCCGAUCACAGAGUGUAUCAGGGGCUCGGGACACAGAGAAGACUUUGCUUCUGAGUUCUGAUGAUGAGUUCUGACAAGAAAGAUGGGACAAACUGACUCCUGACUGAAAGAAACAGCCAACCAACCAUCUGUAGCUCUGAAGGAAUUGUCUCAUUUACUUUAUCCCUCUUGGAUGGACUUCCAGUAACUGUGAAUAACAGGAGUUCUAUGAAUCUUUGGUUGUGUAGCUUGGCUGCGGAGAGGUUCUCUUCUGUGCACUGCUUGUUGCACUGUGUUCCCAGCAGUGGUGAAUCUUGCUUUUAUUUAUGUUCUUUUAACCUUUUUACCUGCAGUUUUACCCCCCCCCCAAGUACAUUUUAAACCCUCAGUUCACUCUUUUCAGUAGGAUAUCUAAGAUAAAAGUUUGAUGGUUGUAUGGCAGGGCAAAGCAUCAUUCCUGUGUUCUGUCAAAGCCAUAAAUACGCUAUGUAGGGGUUGUGACUAUGUCUAAUUGCCUGAACACAGUACUUUAAUAUGAUCUGAAAAACUAAACAUACAAACUGAGACCACAGCAGUUAGAUUGUUAGACCAGUUCAAUUGUCUUGCUUUAUCAGCUAUAUAUAAUGGGUAAUGUGUUCUGUGUUGUGCCCUGCAGUUAUAAGGGGAUGCCCCACAGGAAGGUUCAGGACCAAUUUUCUUGCCAGCAAUUAGUUAUAUCUCCCUCUAACAGUGAGGGGAAAAGGCUUAAAAUAUUUAGUCUGACAUCUGAUUACUUAAUUACUAGUCUGUGAAGCCUUUUAAGGAGGACUUUAACAGCGAGAGUGUCUGCAGUCGUUGCUUGUCCUUAGGUACCCACCGAAGCAUGACCGCUGGCAGCAGAAAACAGUAGCAGCUUAAAGGAAAAUAAAAGCACAUAGUAUUUCCAGAGAGUCCCCCCACCCUGCAAAAUCUGUCUCAUUUUCCUUACCUGCUGGUAAAAGCAGAGUAAUGCAGCUGGGUUUUGUGGCGCCUUGCUUCCUUAAUUUGAUGAUUAACCACGCAUUGCACCCCAGCUUGUGCUGCACUGCAGUUUCCAACAGUGCUGGGAACCGAGGCUGUACAUGUUGAGGAUCACUGGCUCAAUAGCAUUGCCUGAUUUCUUUGACAUUGAAUACUCUUAUCCUGCUGUUCUUAUUUCUUUUCACACUAAAGUUUGGAAACACCUGAGUUAUAACUAUCCGUUAACCAAUAACCACUGAAUUGGUUCCCUUCUCCAUGUCUGUGAGAGAAUUGUGUUUCACAGCCUCUUGCACUAGUCAGUCAUGGGUUAGCAACAGUACGACCUAUCAAACUAAAGACUGCACAUAAGAUUGCUUACCUUUUAAUCUGAUACAAAUGCCAACUGCUUUAGUAGCUUUGCUUCCUGUUUUGUUCUCAGGGAAAAUUCCUUUGUGCGUAAUGCUCAUACCAUACAUAGCCCUAAGAAUUAUGGCAGGAUUUUGGCAUACAUAGCCCUAAACCCGCGUGCCUUGCACUGUCAUUAGGACUGUGUGUGUUGCUUUGAGAAGCUAUUCUGCUUAGCAAGGUUAUUUUCAGGCCACUCUUGAUUUCCUGCUUAAUACAUUACCGCUCUGUCUGGAGGUAUCCGGAAAAUGUGCCGUCAGCAGGGGACGGAGAGAUCUGAGCUGCUCAUGGCUAAAAGAAAUUGGCGGACGUAAGGCACAGUGCCAGGGGUUCAUCAUUGCCCGUGGUGCAGGCGUUCAACAGUCUUCCUAACACUCACUUUUUACUGAAAAAUUGUAUAUUUAUUAUAAAAAUGUGCAUAGAGAUAAUGAAUUGUUAUCCUGCUUCACUCCCCCCUCUGUACUUAGCGAGACAGUAUGCACCCCUUUUUAACAUGAGCUCAAUGAGUAGGACUUACAUUUUGCCUAUUGUUUUAAUUAAGUAAUAUCUGUGGAUUUUGUCCUAUUUGCCACUAACUAAGAACACUAAACCAGUUUUAUGUUAGCACUUCCUGUCACUUCUUGGUUCUGCUGAGAGGAGGGAAAGCUGAAAAAAUUGCUAGCCCACUGAUAAGCCCUCUGAUAAUGAGUUGCUCAGAAGCUACUGCUGCACAAGGCGUUUUCUCAGCCUGUGUAUAAGCGCAAUAGACCACCCCUCUGCUCCAAUCUACUUGAUGGUGUGUCUGGGGGAGAUAAGGAACUGUUUAUAAAGGGAGGGAGAAGUUCAGUGAACCAAAAUUCAUUUUGUUAUUAUUUUUUUCAAUUACAAAGAAGAAACCUUUUUUUGUUGUUAAUUAAAAGAAUAGGCAGAAUGCAUUUGUUUACUGGGCUCAUAUGUAGCAAAGGUGCUACAGGCUACACUACAUGCCAGAAACGCUUCAGCGCAAUGUGCUGUUGGAUUUUUACUUCACAGGAGAGGUACAAUAAAGUAGGUUUAUUUUUAUGAAUAUCUGUAGAUAAAGUUUUUCUUUGAAGGUUCAUUCAAGUCAAUGGCAGAAACAAGUAACUCAUUCCAUUACCUGCCCCAGCAAGUGGGUGUAUAAGCCCAUAGUGGUGUUUAAGCUUCUGCCUUUUUGUUGAGAUUAAAUUGCAUUGUGGGGCAUCUCAGGAGUUGUAUCGCUAGGCUGCUCUGCUUUUCUUUAAGAGAACUGGAAAACGUGAGAAACAUGGUCAUCUUGUGACCCAACUUAGGUGCAAUAUUAGAUGAGUGGGAGGAUGUUGAACAUUUGUGUGGGAAAAUUUUUUUUUUUUGUCUUUCCCGAAAAAAAAAAAUAUAUUCUAUUAAUGGAAU